AUGAAUCUCUUUGGAUGUUUAAAACCUCAUUUAAACAAUGAAGAAAUAAUUAACGAUAAAAGUACAUCUAAAAGAAAGUGGAAUGUUAUUAAAGGAUUUUUUAUUGGGCAAACAAUUAGUAUUAUUAAUGCAUCAACUUAUGCAAUGACUAAUUAUUUAGGUCAAAAAUCCUCAAGUGGAACAGCUAUUAUACAAACAGUUAGUGUGUAUUGGUCAUUACCAAUUAUAUUAAUAUUUGUGUCUUUAAAAUAUGGAUCAAAUUCAAUUGUAGAAUUUUUAAAAUCAGUAAAAUGGUAUUAUUGUCUUGGAAUUACACUAUGUGAUAUAACUGCAACAUUUUGUCUUGUUAUUGGUAUUCAAAAUACAAAUAUAUUAUCAUCACAGCUUAUUAGUGUUUGUAGUAUUCCAUUUGUUAUGGUACUUUCAUACUUUAUUUUAAAACGAAGAUUUAAUUUAAUUCAAAUAUUUUCAGCAGUAAUCGCAUUAUCUGGAUUUGUCCUUGUUUCUAUUGAGGAUAGUCAAAACGGUUCAUCAGAAUUAAUAGGUGAUUUACUCUGUCUUAUCUCAACAAUUUUAUAUGCUAUUGCAAAUACAUUACAAGAAAAAACGGUCAAUAUCAUUUCUCCAUUUUCUUCAAUGAAUUAUAUUAUAAUUUUAUCAGUUCAUGCACCUCUUCUUUCACUCCCUACUUUACUCCUUUUAUUUUUAUUUCCUUUUGACUUUAAUAUAUCAGCAAUUGAAUUAAUAUUAUUAAUAUCUUAUCCAAUUCUUCAAAUAAUUAUUUAUGCGUCAAUAGCUUAUAUUAUUCUUAUGACAUCUGCAGCAUUUUUUAAUAUUUCAAAUCUUUCAUCUUCGAUUUAUGGUUUAGUUUAUGAUAUGAUUUUAUUUAAUAAAUAUCCAGGUAUCUUAUCAAUCAUUGGUGCUUUAUUGAUUAUUCUCUCAGUAGUAUUUUAUUCAUUUAUUGAAUGUUUUUAG